GAGGAGGAGGAUGGCGGCAGCGAGGAGAAAGAGAAGCCCCCAAAGAAAGAGAAAAGCAAGAAAGAAACUAACCCUCCUUCGUUAGAAGGGAAAAAAGGAAAAAAAGUCAAGGAAAAGGCAAGCGGUGUGAAAGGUAGCAAGAAGCAGCAAGCUGGCGGUGAUCAGGACCGGCACCUUUCAGCAAAGAAAGAGAGUCUGGAAGAUGAUUUUGAAUUUCAUGCUAGGCAAGUGAUACUGAUCAAACCAGGGGGCAAAUGGUAUGAUCUAGAAUACACCACGGAAUUCUCUUCAGAGCCACAGAAUCAGACGCUUCUGCCCAAGUAUAAGGCCUUGGCCCAAAAGCUGUACCAGCAUGAGACAGACCUGUAUAAGAAUAAAACAGAUUAUCAGAAGGGGGCCUCUUCGGCGUGGAUGAAAACUGUUGUGUCAUCGGGUACCUUGGCUGACAGGAUGGCAGCGAUGACCCUUCUCAUUCAGGACAGUGCUGUCCACAGUCUCCAGUUUGUUGAGAACUUGGUAAACCUCAUAAAGAAAAAGGGCAGCAGGCAUCAGAGCCUCAUGGCUUUGGAUACUUUCAAGGAGCUUCUCAUUUCAGAUCUCUUACCAGACAAUCGAAAAUUAUGGUCUUUCUCGCAGCGACCAUUUAACAGCAUCGAGAAGAUGUCGAGUGGCAACAGGGAUUCAAGAGACAGACGGCUGAUACUGUGGUACUUUGAGCAUCACCUGAAACUGCAGGUGGCAGAGUUUGUGCAAGCGUUGGAAACACUGAGCCAUGAUUCUCUGACAGCAACGAAAUCCCGAGCGCUGGCAGUUGCCCAUGAGCUUCUCUGUAACAAGCCUGAGCAGGAGAAAGUUCUGCUUGUUCAGCUGGUAAAUAAACUGGGAGACCCUCAGAACAAAAUUGCCACCAAAGCCUCUUAUCUUUUAGAGACAUUACUUCACAAGCAUCCAAAUAUGAAGGGAGUAGUGUGCAGCGAGGUGGAGAGGCUUUUGUACCGCUCAAACAUUCACGUGAAAACGCAGUAUUAUGCCAUUUGCUUUCUAAAUCAGGUAGUCCUCAGUCACGAAGAAAGUGCAUUGGCUAACAAGCUGAUAACUUUGUACUUCUGCUUUUUUCGGAACUGCAUUAAGAAAAAAGAUGUUGAAUCCAAAAUGCUCAGUGCUCUUCUUUGUGGCGUAAACAGAGCUUACCCUUACGCUGAGACUGGUGAUGAGAAAGUGAAAGAACAAAUGGACACGUUGUUUAAAGUCCUGCAUCUUGUGAACUUCAGUACCAGUGUCCAGGCCCUGAUGUUACUGUUCCAAGUGAUGGACUCUCAGCAGACUGUGUCGGAUAGGUACUAUGCAGCACUAUACAAGUAAGUGACA